ACUUCCGGUGAAGCUCCACCUUCAGGGACCACUUCCGCCCAGGCGCCAUCUUUACUCCGGCAAUCGGGGAGCGGGGCCCUCUUCGCCUUGUUCUUAACCAAUGACCGAAGCUGAUGCUGCUCCUUGACCAAUAAGCAUCACGUUUGUUGCGCUGUGGGAGCGCGGAAGCUGGCGGCUCCUGAGGCCCUGAGAGGAGGCGGGCGGAAGUAGUAGCUGAGGCGUAGCAGACAGGAUGGGGGUGAAGCUGGAGGUGUUUCGGAUGGUUCUGUAUUUGUCCUUCCCCGUUGCCAUGUUCUGGAUCUCCAACCAAGCGGAGUACUUCGAAGAAUAUGUCAUCAAAAGGAAGAGGGAGAUCUACCCACCCGAUGAUGACCGCCAGAGGAAGGAGCUGGAAGAUUUCAAGGAGCGGAUGCGGAAGAGGCAUGAAGAACAGCUCCUGCGUGCGGCUCAACAGUGAUCGCACUUCAUGCCCCCUGAGCUGGAAUGAGGAAGAGGGGAGCAUGGCCUGGAGUGGGGGAAGGACACCCCCCCCCAACACACUGAUUUACACACCUCCAGGGGACGGAGGAUGCAAGUCACCACCAAGGGGCUGUUGGGAAUGCUGACCCCCUGGCACUGGCAUGGCUGCAGUCAGCUGCCCUCCAUGGAGAACUCCAGGCCUGUGGGGUGAAGGGAGCUCAGAUAUGAUGGCAGGGGGUUAACUGUAAAUAAAGUAAUCUGCUGUCUGCUCUCUUGGGGUGGGUUGGGGGGCUUCGCACAUGCUCGUUAAUUAAUCCUCACAGCCCUUCUGGUCGAGAGGGAAAGAGGCUCAAAGGGAAAACGGCUUGAGCAAAUCCCUUCUCUUUGCUGUACCUCAGUUUCUCCACCUGUAAGAGAGGGCGGUGAGGCUGAGUUAAGAGUAAAGUGCUUUGAGCUGCUUGGCUAGGAGGUGCCAGGGAAAGGCGCAGUGUUGCGUGAGCAGUGCAGGGGUUUGGGACCAGAGUCAGGCAUGCAAGCUUGAUACUGAGAAGAUGGGUUUCACCUUGUGGUGUUUUGAAUUGGUAGCGAGGGAGGCGGGAAGAUGGAGCCCUUGCACUGGCUGGCAGCACUCAAGGAGAGGAUGGUGGGGCCUGGGCCAGCAGGAUUAUGGAGCCUCUGGAGAGAGGGAUGGGCCGACCCUUUGGAGAGCACAGUGCGUUCCCGCUCCAGGAAUGAGCCCCUGGGAUUGCCCUGGCGCUCUCUGACUCCAUGGUCCCCUCCCACUUGGACCUGGCUGGACUAUGUGGCUUUUCCGAUCUCUGCUGUGUGUUGUCACACGUCCUGCUCAGACUCAGCAUUCGUGAGUAGGUGAAACCCUGCUCCACUGUGAUUCUGCUAAGUCUGGCUGGCUCCCUUGACUUUGUCUGGGUGGGGCACAAUGUGUGGAAAAUCUUGCAGUAAAUGCAUCCCCCCUCCCCUGGAGGCACUUCCUCUGCGUGUCUGUGUCCUGGCCUAGCCAAGCUCUUGCUUGAACUGACUAAUAAAAUCCUCUACCAUGAGGACAUGUGCUGA